AUGGAUUCAGCAAUGAAACUAAUCUUCCUCUUCAUCACCCUAACCUUCACAGUUUCACUAGCCUUAGACAUGUCGAUAAUCUCCUACGACAAAACCCACCCUGACAAAUCAACCCAAAGAACCAACGAUGAAGUCUUGGCUAUGUACGAAGAGUGGUUAGUCAAACAUGGUAAAAACUACAACGCUUUAGGCGAGAAAGAAAAGCGGUUCGAGAUCUUUAAAGAUAAUCUUGGGUUCAUCGAUGAACAUAAUAGUAAGAAUUUGAGUUUUAGAUUGGGGUUGAACCGGUUCGCCGAUCUGACGAAUGAAGAGUAUAGAACCAGGUUUUUGGGAACCAGGAUCGAUCCGAACCGGAGAAGUCGUAAGGUGAACUCACAGACCAAUAGAUACGCGGCACGUGUCGGCGAUAAAUUGCCGGAAUCAGUUGAUUGGAGAAAAGAAGGUGCUGUUGUUGGAGUCAAAGAUCAAGGAAGCUGUGGGAGUUGUUGGGCAUUCUCAGCAAUAGCAGCUGUGGAAGGAGUGAAUAAGUUAGCGACAGGUGAUCUGAUUUCGCUAUCAGAACAAGAACUGGUGGACUGUGAUACAUCAUAUAACGAGGGAUGCAAUGGAGGACUUAUGGACUAUGCCUUUGAGUUCAUCAUCAAUAAUGGUGGCAUUGAUUCUGAAGAGGAUUACCCCUACAGUGCUGUUGAUGGUAGAUGUGAUCAGAACAGGAAAAAUGCUAAAGUUGUUUCAAUUGAUGACUAUGAGGAUGUUCCGGCUUAUGAUGAAGGUGCUUUGAAAAAGGCUGUUGCAAAUCAGGUUAUUGCCGUUGCUGUUGAAGGAGGUGGUAGGGAAUUCCAGUUAUAUGAAUCUGGUGUGUUUACAGGAAGAUGUGGAACAGCGCUAGACCAUGGUGUUGCAGCUGUUGGAUAUGGAACAGACAACGGUAAAGAUUAUUGGAUUGUUAGGAAUUCAUGGGGUGCUAGCUGGGGAGAAGCCGGAUACAUCAGACUUGAACGUAAUCUUGCUUCAAGCAAAUCAGGCAAGUGUGGAAUUGCAAUCGAGCCAUCUUAUCCAAUCAAGAAUGGUGUGAAUCCCCCUAAGCCUGGUCCAUCACCACCUUCACCAGUGACGCCACCAUCUGUUUGUGAUAGUUACUACAGCUGUACUCCAGGAUCAACCUGUUGCUGUAUUUUUGACUAUGGGGGAUCUUGCUUUGAGUGGGGAUGUUGCCCUCUUGAGUCUGCUACUUGCUGUGACGAUCAUUACAGUUGCUGCCCUCAUGAGUAUCCUGUCUGUGACACUAAUGCAGGACUUUGUCUUAAGAGCAAGAACAACCCAUUAGGAGUGAAGUCAUUCAAACGAACUCCUGCAAAGCCACACUUUGCCCUUGGAGGUAAGAACAAGAUGGGCAGUGUUUAA